CGUUGUGUUCCUCAACCUCCCCAGGUGAGUGCUGGGCCGGGGCUGGCCCCCGGCGUGGCAGCUGCAGGCAGAGCCGGUAGAAGAUUCUGGCAGGAAAGGGAAACCCCCAGACGGUUUUUAAGACAAGACUGCAACUUGCAGCUUGAACUGUUGCGCUUUGCGUAGGCUGGAAGAAAUGCUGUAGAGGAGUUGACUGAGACGAGCCCUGGAAGUUAGUACGGGUUUCUUGAGAAUACAACUAUUCUGAAAACCUGUGGUUAGCACCUGUGCCAUUAAGCGCAAGUUUCGUUGCUGAGGAGAAGUAACCGGAAGCGUGGUUUGGAAAUCUGUUCUCCUUGUCUUCCUCGGACACCCCGCAGCCUGACGCAGGGGCCGUUGAUGCUAACGAUACUUAAGGACAACCUUAAUGUUCCAGCUGGAUUACUCGGCGCUUUUCUAAUUCCUAGAGGUGCUGUGGUUUAAAUAAGAGCUAGUCCUGUUAGUGUCUGGCCUGUCAUCUUGAGGAGCAUCUGUUUGGGUACUAUAUGCAAGUCCUUGACAUUCUGGAAACGAUGGGGAUUGGUAAGAAUACCGCUUCAAAAUCGGUGGAGGCUGGAGGCUCAACAGAAGGCAAAUAUGAGGAUGAAUCUAAACAUCCCACCUUUUUCACUCUGCCCGUCGUGAUAAAUGGUGGAGCAACAUCCAGUGGUGAUCAGGAUACGGAAGACACAGAGUUGAUGGCGAUCUAUACUACAGAAAAUGGCAUAGCAGAAAAGAGCUCUCUGGCAGAGACACUGGACAGCAGCGGCAGUUUAGACGCGCAGAGAACUGACAUGAUUUACACUAUUGAAGAUGUUCCUCCUUGGUAUCUCUGCAUAUUUUUGGGGUUACAGCAUUACUUAACAUGUUUCAGUGGAACUAUAGCAGUGCCCUUUUUGCUUGCUGAUGCCAUGUGUGUUGGAUUUGACCAGUGGGCUACCAGCCAGUUGAUUGGGACCAUUUUCUUCUGUGUGGGCAUCACUACGUUGUUACAAACAACUUUUGGGUGCAGGUUACCCUUGUUUCAAGCGAGUGCUUUUGCAUUCUUAGCGCCUGCUAGAGCAAUACUCUCCUUGGAGAAGUGGAAAUGUAAUAAUACAGAUAUAACAGUUACAAAUGGAACAACAGAACUGCUUCACACUGAGCACAUCUGGUAUCCCAGAAUACGAGAGAUCCAAGGUGCUAUUAUCAUGUCCUCCUUGAUAGAAGUGGUGAUCGGUCUGCUUGGCCUUCCCGGCGCCCUGCUGCGAUACAUCGGACCUCUGACUAUCACGCCAACUGUCGCUCUCAUCGGCCUCUCCGGUUUCCAGGCAGCCGGAGAAAGAGCAGGCAAACACUGGGGUAUCGCGAUGUUGACGAUUUUCCUAGUAUUGCUGUUCUCUCAGUAUGCCAGAAACGUCAAGUUUCCCUUACCAAUUUACAAAUCCAAGAAAGGAUGGACAGCAUACAGGCUGCAACUUUUCAAAAUGUUUCCUAUUAUUUUAGCUAUUUUGGUGUCAUGGUUGCUCUGCUUCAUCUUCACUGUGACGGACGUCUUUCCCCCUGACAGUUCGAAGUAUGGCUUCUACGCUCGCACAGACGCCCGUCGAGGAGUGCUCUUGGUAGCUCCGUGGUUCAAGGUUCCUUACCCUUUUCAGUGGGGACUGCCAACAAUUUCGGCCGCUGGAGUAAUUGGAAUGCUCAGCGCCGUUGUUGCUAGCAUCAUUGAAUCAAUAGGGGAUUACUAUGCCUGUGCCAGGUUGUCUUGUGCUCCUCCUCCACCUAUUCAUGCAAUAAAUAGAGGGAUUUUUAUUGAGGGUCUUUCCUGUGUUUUGGAUGGAGUAUUUGGGACAGGGAACGGAUCCACUUCUUCCAGCCCUAACAUUGGCGUCUUGGGCAUCACGAAGGUCGGAAGUCGGCGGGUUAUUCAGUAUGGUGCAGCCUUCAUGCUCUUGCUUGGAAUGGUUGGCAAGUUCAGCGCUCUCUUUGCAUCGCUGCCUGACCCAGUGCUUGGUGCCCUCUUCUGCACUCUCUUCGGAAUGAUUACAGCCGUGGGUCUGUCUAAUCUCCAGUUCAUAGAUUUAAAUUCUUCUCGUAACCUGUUCGUACUUGGAUUUUCCAUUUUCUUUGGACUUGUCCUUCCAAGCUAUCUCAAACAAAAUCCACUGGUCACAGGAAUAGCGGGCAUUGAUCAAGUAUUGAAUGUUCUCCUCACUACAGCCAUGUUUGUCGGUGGUUGCGUUGCAUUUAUUUUGGAUAAUACCAUUCCAGGAAGCCCUGAAGAAAGGGGAAUAAGGAAAUGGAAGAAAGGGGUUGGCAAAGGAAGCAAGUCGCUGGAUGGCAUGGAAACGUACGAUUUGCCCUUUGGCAUGAACUUUAUCAAAAAAUACAGGUGUUUCAGCUUCCUGCCAGUCAGCCCUACCUUUAUGGGCUACACGUGGAAAGGUUUCAGGAAAAGCAGUAACUGCAGGAGUUCAGACGAAGACUCGGAAGCUACAGUAUAGCCUUAGUUGAAAUUAUAUUAUCUAGUUGUAGUAAGAGAUGUAUUUGCAGUUUCUUGCUGAUUAAGAAGCAUUAAAAUAUAUGUUUUGUAUAUCUGCAUUUAAAUUCUGGAACCAGAGCUGAGACGGAUUUAAAAAAAAAAAAAAAAAAAAGCUUUCCUGUUGUGGGUGGUGGUAGCCAGAUCUAGUGUCUCUGGGUCAAAUUUUCAAAUGCUCCUCUGUUCACUUUUCAAAAGCUUUAGAUAUCUAUGCACCUAAGUCCGUUUUUUAUUUUAAACGGAACUUAGGUUCCUAAAGUAUUUAGGUGCUAUUGAAAAGGUUACUUUUUAUGGUGAUUUUUAUUUAAGUCAUUGAUGCUGGCAUUUUUGGCGCGUUCAUUGCUGGCAAUGUUAGUUACGCCAGAAAAUUUGAAUUCUGUGAAAAGUUUAAAAAAAAAAAAUUUGUACUUCUAAACACAACGUCGAAUCAAUAUACAUAUUGUUUUUCAGUCACUAGUUUGCACAUUCCAUAUUUUCAGACCCCUGUAAACCAGAUGUAGUUUGUACUUGCAAAUCAUGAGAAUUUUCUUUUUUUUUUUCCUUUUAUUAUUUGAAUUAUUGAUAGUUGAGUAAGAUUUCCAGUGUGAGACAGAAGUUUCCAUACUAAACUUUGCUGCUGAAAGCUAUGACUGACUUCUCUUAGCUUAGUGCUGUACGAGGAGCCCCUCAUUUUGUGUCAGUUCACAUUUUUAGACGUAUUUGCUUUUUUUUUGCCCGGCAUUUAACCACCUAGCUAUUGUCCAGGUGCAGGUUUUCUUUAAAGGGACAUAUAUAACUUUAGUUUUACGACCGUGGGAAACUUUUAACUUCCGAUAGGACCUGAUAACAGUUCUUACAGCGCAGUGCCUGUAUCCAGCUAGGUGACGCAGAGGCCUCCUGAAGGAAACUGAUAAUUUGUUAAGCGCUUCUAAGCAGUUAAGGUCUGUCUGUGUGCAGCUUUCCCUGUAGGGCAAAAUCACACGGUGAAAAAUGCUGUCAGCGUUCGCUUAUUGGGGUCCGUACAAAAUUGUCCUCUUUGGAUGUUGAGAUCUGGUGCUGCCCAAGAGCGGCUUAUGUUACGUUGCCUCUUUUUUUGUUGUUUCUUUUUGUGGGGCGCCUUCAAACGCUUGCUGCUUUUGCAAAGGUGAUCUUCCUUUAUAGCAGAGACACUACAUUUGAUGGCCUCAUCCACUGGAUGGUUUAACGGGUAUUGGGUCCAAUCAGGGCACCAUUCAGAUUUUUUUCCUGGAAUAGUCUCAGCUCUGAUGUUAUGUGGGUGUUCACGCUCAUCAUGCAUUCAUAACUGAAAGUUUUGUUCCUGUUUAAUGUUUUUACUAUUGCAAGUUAGUUUUAGACUUCAGUGUGGCCCCAAAAGCAUUUUUAAGCUGUGGAGAUCAUCAGGGAAAUGUAGUGUAAUGUAAUUUCAAGGCCAGUAUGCUCUACAGUGCUUGCGUUUUGUAUUCCUGGAAAAAGCGUAACAGUGGAUCCUGUAAUUCACUAAUAUAUUUAUCAAAGUUUGACUACUGGACAUGAGCGCGGGAACUCUGUUUUCUCCGAGUCUGCUUCCAGGUGAAUUUGUUAUUGGUUAUUGAAGCAUGGAAGGGUUUGGGUGGGGAGGGCGAGGAAAGAGCUUAAUGGAUCAGUACUGAAUAGCGUAGAAUCGGAAUGAUUCCAUUCGUAUAGUUUUCAGCAUGUCAUGGCUGUUUCCAGAAACUAUUUUAUACAGCUUUUUUCCAUAACAAAGCAUGUGUGUGUUCCUGCUUCAGGGAACUUUCAGUAGUUUGCAGUCUUGGUGUCAAUUGGACUAUUUCGAAAGCUGGUCGGAGGAGUUGUUGUGUAAUAAGACAGGGUUAGUUUGCCUGUGAAACUUAAGUCAUUUUAUAAUUUUUAAUUUUUCCUCUUUGGGUAGCGAGGUGUUAGAUUUUUCACAUCUGCUCGCAGAUAGUUGGAGCGCGGAGACCUCUAAUCAGUGGCACAAAGCUUCCAAAUUUCCCAACUUUAUAUGCCAUCAAAGAUGCGUGGGAGAGAUGGGGGAAUUCGGAAAGAGGAGGCUGAAAAAAGAAAAAAGGAGAAGGAAAAAAAAAAAA